AUGAAAAGCAUAUUCGAGGACAUCAAUAAGGAAUACAACACACAUCUGAAGUGGAAUGAUGACUUGGCGGCUGAAGCAAUGGUGGAAGCAGUCAGGCCAAACUACCGAUUAUUACCGAUUAGCGGCGAUUACUUCAAGAUCAGAAACGAAAAGAUGUUCACGAAGAGGUAUGUAGGACCUCUGGAGGACAAAGUGCGCCUGAUCCUACUGAACCCCUUCAAAAAAUAUGCGGAAAAGCUUCGUCAACUUCCCGAAGGAACAAUCUACGGAUGUAAUGGAUUUUUCGACACUGAGACGAUGCUGAAGGACGACUGGCUUUAUGUCGCCUGUGUAUACAAAACAAAAGGUGAAGAACCAGUCAAGCAACCAGGUUACCCCAGGAAAUAA